GCGUCUGAGAAAAGUACUCGGCCCAAAAGCACCGGAGUCUUUCAAGACGAAGAGCUCCUCUUCAGUCACAAACUUCAGAAGGACAAUGAUCCAGACGUUGACCUCUUUGCCAGCCCCAAGAAGUCAAUGUCUGCAAACCGUACCCUGAAGCCAUCGUCUGGAGGAGGGCUUUUUGGGGAUGAUGAUGAGGAUGAUCUCUUCAGUACCGCUAAAACAAAUCUUCCGAAAAUAGCUGAGAAGAAAACACUUAAGGCCAGUACUGGCCCUUCCUUGGAGAACAGUAACCUUCUAGAAAAUGCUUUAAGUGCCAAACAAGAUGAAGCUCUGAAGGCAGUAACUACAGAGAAAUCUACAGGUCCUGUUCCCAUUAAAACCAAAGAGCCCUCAUCUCGGAUUGGAAAACUACAAGCUAACUUAGCUAUUAACCCUGCAGCCUUACUACCUGGUGCAAUGCCUAAGGUCUCCAAUGUAAAGUCCCCCUUACCAGUUCUGGACACUCCAUUGCAUGAGCCCAAGGAUGUACAGAACAGUGAAGCCUUCUCUGCUGCAGAAAACAAUGAAGAACUAGGUGUAAGCUUUGAUCAGCCUAUGCAAGCAGAUACCUUGCACAGCGCCAAUAAGACCAGGAUCAAGGUUACAGGAAAACGAAGACCUCCUAGUAGAAUGGCCCGCCGUCUAGCUGCCCAGGAGUCUGAAGAGAGUGAGGAGGUGGACAGUGCUAAAGAAUCACAGUUCUCUCUACCAAAACAGACAUCAGCAAUAGUGAACAUAAAGGAGCCUCUUGCUACUGAAGCAGAGUCCAAGGAAAAUGGCUUUCUCUCUGGCUUGUCACUACCAGCUCAUGGCAGUGUUUUGUCUGCUGGGACAAACUCACUACUUCCUCCAGAAUCUACAGACCAAGGGGACGAUCUCUUUGAAUCAGAAGACCUUUUUGCAAGCAGCUCAACAUCCAGACCAGCUGCACAAUCAAAGUUAAAGGAGGGAAUGCUAGACAGUGUGGCUAAUAAACCUAUCAAAGGCAGGGAGAAAAAGUCUGAUCUGUCUGUUCUGGGUGAUCAGGACAGCAAUGAUCUCUUCCAGCCUGUACAGCAAAAAUUGUCAACAAAAAGCAGCCCUAUACCUUUUUUGGAGGAAGAGGAAGACUCUCUCUUCACCUGUCAGAAAACUGGAAAAAAGGAGUUGAAAUCUGCUGUCCAGCAAGCUGUUGACCCUACUGCCCAAGAUAUCUUUGAGGAUGAUAUAUUUGCUACUGAGGCAAUUAAACCAAUGAACAAAGCAAAAGAGAAGAUGCCAGAGACUAACCUGUUUGAUGAUAACAUUGAUAUUUUUGCGGAUCUCACCGUAAAACCACAAGAAAAGAAGACCAAGAAAAAGGUGGAACAAAAAUCCAUAUUUGAUGAUGAUAUGGAUGAUAUCUUCUCUAGCAGCCAAGUCAAGAUACCCACUCCCAAAAGCAGAUCUUCACAAGCAGCUUCAGAAGCAAAAUCUGAAAGCAAGACACUGAACACCUUUGAUGACCCGCUGAAUGCCUUUGGAGGCCAGUAGCCAAGGGGAGCAUGUUGCAGAGAGGAGGCUUUCCUUAUGCCGUGUCCAGUACUAAUACUCUGGAUUCUCUAAUCCAGUAGAGCUGAAAUGAGAUGGCUGUGGAUAUUUAAAUGAGAUUACCCAUUUCAGAUGGUUAGUAUUCUCUUGUGCUGGGUCUAAUUGUGCUAAACGAUAUAUUUAAAAAAAAACCACAGUAACCUCCUGCUAUCUUGUUUCCAUGGUGCCCAGAUGAAUAUAGCCUGUGCAAUACCUGCAAUGAAGUAAUCUAUUAUACAAAGUAUAGUUUGUUUUAUUGAACAGAUCUAUAGAGAAAAUAAUUGAUAAAUAGUAAAUGGAGUCUGUUAAAC